UGAUCUAAAAGGAAGUACAGAAGUAACAUAACCAAGUCACUCAACAAAUGUCAACAAAGGUUACACGGAAAUUAUAGUAAAUUCAAAGGUGAAAAGCAUUAUCGGUUUUAAGUAAGUAUGUUCAAUAUACCCGAAAAUAAGUUGCCCGAGGGUUUAAAAGACGAAAGUCGUCUAAAUGUGCUUUUCGCCCCACUUCGAAACAAAGGCGUAAAUGCAAAAGAUUGGGAAGACAAGAUCGCGUCAUGGAAAUCGAUAAUAAAAAUAUACUGUGAAAGCAAUAACGUCUAUUCGUUCACUUUGUCUUCGUUGAAUUUGGUGUUUAUUCGUCAUGGAAGGACGCCACCAUGUCUUGGUGAAGUUAUAUCCGAUAUGAUUCAAAAUCAUGAAGUGGAAGUUACCGAAGUGUUCCUCAAGAAAACCUCCCAUACUUGGAGCGGAUGGUUAACAGACGUUGUCAUAAAACGGCCACUUGCCUGGUCCUAUAACACUAUGAAGAAAACGAUCUUUCCACCCAAGAAUAGCCAGUAUGUUCAUCUAGAGGUGGUGAAGAGCAGAAGCGAAGAAUUGCUCCAAUCAAUUCCAGAUAACUUCAAAAACAAAGUUCUAAGUCUAAAAGAAUUACUCAAGGUCAUAAAAAAAGAAUCUGGAAAUUUAGAAAACACCAAAUUGCUGUUACACUACUUGGAAAACAAACAACAUAUUUCUGUAAAAGUUUUGCCAAAUCACAAUCUUCACAAUGAAUUGGACACAUUCCUGGUGAAAAUUGGACAGACUCAGGCUGCUUCACCUAUUACAGAUGCGGAUGUUGCCGUUCACACUUUGGAACAGAACGCAAAGAUGAUUUCGAAACAUGUAGAGAACUUAGAAGAUGAAAUCGAUACCUGCAUUGAAGACGCUAAAGGACAUUUAAGGAAGAAACAUAAACAGUUGGCAAAAAGUUGUUUAGUGAAGAAGCAUCAAUUAGAAAAACAACUGGAAAAGAAAGCCAGUGCGUUACAUAACGUACAGAACUGUUUGGAACAACUGAAAGGCACUCAUUCAAAUACACACGUAUGGGAGGCGUAUAAAAAUGCAUUGGAUGCAUUCAAUACUACUUAUAGAGAAACUGGCUUAGAUGAGGACGCCAUAGAUGACACUAUGGUUAAGCUAGAUGAGGCACUCGAUACAAAUGAAGACAUUCAAUCUGCAUUAGCACGAUCCCCAAUGAAUGAUGAGGACACAACAGCUUUGGAGAAAGAGCUCGAAGAUCUCCUGAAGGCAGACAUUAACGAUCAAGAUCAGCCACCCAAUGAUGACAGCGGAAUGAGUGAUGAUUUGGAUAAACGCUUUGGAACGCUUAAAAUUAAUUUGCCCGAAGUACCAGAAAGUAGCCCCGAUGUUUCUGUACAGGAAGCUAUUUAAAUGGUUAUAAGAAAUAUUGAGCAGAGCCGUUGAAAUUUUUGGGUUAAGCUUAAAUUUUUACCAGUAAUGGGCGAUUUUAUAGUUUUAUUUUAUAGAAAAACCUAUUUAUAUACAAGAAACCUCGAAGAUUUUACAGUUAUCAAAGAGGAACUUACUUUCUUAGUUUUUUACUUUUACUUUCUACCUUUUUUCAGCAGUGUUCCUUUAGAUUAGCAGUGUUCAAAAAAUUAUUUGUUAGAAAAUGUUUUUUUAAGGACAAUUAAAAUUCUAUCUUAUGUUCUAUAAAAA